AAUGCAUUUUGUAGUGGAUCAUCACGUUGGAAGUUCCAACAUGGCCGUCCAGGCCCUUCAGCCAAUAGAAAUUGCACCUGACGACGCAGCGGUCCAGAUGUCCUUGCGUCCCGGGAGACCCGUAGGUAUGGUCGCCCUGCCGUCUGGCCUGACCGAGAGGCAUCACACUGUCCAGCACCUCCGCUCAGCUCCGAGUAGAACAGACACGGAUGUGGGAGCAAUCGAGCUGGUUAAUAUUCAGGAGAGGUCUCCUGGCUCUUCUACAACAGAUAAUAUUACCAACAAGAAACCAAAGAAUGGAUUCAAACUACCGUGGUGGUCAUCUUGGAUAGCCGGAGCUCUAGCGUGGUCUGUGAGCUUUGUGGCAGCGUUCUUCGUCGUGCUGUACUCUCUGUCGUUUGGCCGCGUCAAGGCAGAGGCCUGGCUCAUCACGUUUGUCACAUCGUUUGUGACAGACAUGUUCCUAUUGCAACCUUUCAAGCUGAUGGCAGCUGCUGUCGGCAUAGUGCUGAUAUUUCGGAAACCCAUGACUGAUGACGACCUCCCACCAGCUGAGACUACAGAUGACGAAGAGUACCUUGACAUUUUACCUCCGCAGAUGCCCUCUGAGAAAACAGGUACCGAGCUGCCAGGCGAUGCCGUCCUUGCCGAGGACAGGGCCCGCCGCCUGAGGAAAAAGAAGUUCCGCGGCGCGCUGAAGGAGGUUCUGCUGUACGGCACGUUCGUGUGCGUUCUCAUGCUCACGUCACAUGGCGAGCGAAGCAGUCUGGCGUUCCACAUGAACAAGGCAGGCAAUGGUUACGUCAUGGGCGGCUCUGAGGGAACUGCAUUCUCCGAGAUAUCAGAUGUGACUUCAUUUUGGCAGUGGGUGGACACCACCCUGAUCCCUGCUACCCACUCCCCACCGUGGUACAACCGCCAGACAAGUACCCACAGUCUGCAUCUACCUGAUCACGUGACGCACCUCAUCGCCCCCCUGCGAUUCCGUCAAGUUCGCACGAGGCAAGAACAACAAUGCACCAUUCCGGACGCCAUGGUGAAUGUAUCAGCCCGCUGCCUUGACGACUACUCAGUGCUCAACGCUGAUACUUCCAACUAUAACGGCGGCUGGGAUGCACCAAUCAAAACAAACCAAACCUUCGCAGAUGACAUCAGCACUGUCCCAUCCCCGUGGUACUUUGCGCAUGGCAACAUUGCAGAUGGUUUUGCAUACAUCGGCAAACAUGGCACCUACAAUACAGGUGGGUAUGUAGCAACCUUCAACUGGACUUUCAACGGGAGCAUUGAGAUAUCUACCGACCUACAAACCAAAAACUGGCUGGACGAUAAGACCCGAGCGGUCUUCGUAGAGAUGGUUCUCUACAAUCCCCAUGCCAACCUGUAUUCUGUCGUGGUCAUGGUAACGGAGUUCGGCAUCACCGGAAGCGCGUCCAUGGCAACUGAGAUGACAACAUUCAGACUGCAUCACGAGGACCAGGUGACACUACUUGUCCUGCGAGUGACCAUGGCAUUGUUCGUGCUCUAUUAUCUCAUCCAAACAGUGAUAAACUUCAGCACGCGGCCACUAGAGUAUCUCACAGAGGCGUGGAGUUGGUUGGAGAUCUUCAUCAUCUUCAGCGCUACGACAGCGCUCGGUCUGUACUUCCGGGCUCAAGGCGUGAUUGACGCCAUUACCGGACACGAACACGAGGACGACGUGUUCGAGAGCUAUCACCAAGCAGCCAUGUGGUAUCAGAUAUACACUUAUCUACUGAGCUUUCUAAUUUGUUGUUCCCUCAUCAAGCUCAUCCGCUUACUGAGGUUCAAUAAUCAUGUCUAUAGCUUGAUGUAUAUCAUGAAGAAAACAGCAAAGCCAUUGUUUAACUUUCUUGUCAUAGCAAGCAUCAUCAUCACAGCAUUUGCAUUGGCUGCUAACCUUAGCCUGGGCCAGAACUUGAGGGAGUAUAGCACACUCCUAGCCACUUAUGAGAAUCUGUUCAGCAUGAUGUUGGGGAAGUUUUCUUUUGCAAAGCUAGAGAAGGGCUCCGCAUUUUUCGGACCAGCCCUGUUCGUGUUUUUCCAGUGCACCGUCCAAUAUUUCCUCCUCACCAUGUUCAUGAGUAUCAUCAUGGACGUGUAUGCACAAUCUCGGGAGGUAACAAAUCCUGACCAGUUAGAGAUCAUGCAGUUCCUAAAAGAUGAAGCUACCGAGGCUGUCAGCAAGCUUAGCUCAUUCACACAGAAGCAAAAGGACUGCCAGCCAGAUCUAAAAAAGAAGCGUCAUGUGACCCUACAUGAUCAGAUAGGAAAUGCCAUUGAAGAAAUGGAGAAACAAAAUGCCAUGGCAGAAUUGGAGGAACAAAGAGAAAAGCAACAAAUUGAAAGGCAACGAAGAGAUGGAAAGAGAUGGAAAACCACCUUCAGUCACAGAGUAUCAGUCGUGAGAAAGUCCCACUACAGACUGCUCAACGGUUACGCCAACUUGUUCUGUGGAUGGGGAGGGGAGGAGGAUGACAUACAUGUAUCUCUAUCUGCCCAGAAAUAA